UUCCGACCAGACUUUCCCGACGAGCAGCUUUGCUUCCUCCCUCCGUCCUCUGUCCAACUCCACACAUGCAUAGAAUUGCACUCAGGAAUUCAGCCCGCGCUCGUGCGCUGGUCGCGUCCACCAAGAGCACGUCUAACGUGUCUCGUUCAUAUGCUACUGCAAAGCCAGCUGCUUCUGAGGUCUCGUCCAUCCUCGAGUCCCGGAUAGCAGGAACUUCUGUCGGUGGAAACGUCGAGGAAACCGGACGUGUCCUGAGCGUUGGCGACGGUAUUGGUCGUGUAUGGGGUUUAAAAAACGUUCAGGCCGAGGAAAUGGUGGAAUUCUCUUCGGGAGUUCGUGGAAUGUGUCUCAACUUGGAAGCCGACAACGUUGGUGUGUCCAUCUUCGGUAACGACCGACUUAUCAAGGAAGGUGACACCGUCAAACGUACCGGCCAAAUUGUCGAUGUUCCUGUCGGACCUGGCCUACUCGGACGUGUCGUCGAUGCCCUCGGUGACCCCAUUGAUGGCAAGGGUCCCAUUGAAGCCGCUGAGCGUCGUCGUGCCUCCGUUAAGGCACCUGGUAUUCUCCCUCGUCGCUCCGUCAACCAGCCCAUGAUGACAGGUAUCAAGCCCAUUGAUGCCAUGGUUCCUAUCGGUCGUGGUCAACGUGAAUUGAUUAUUGGAGAUCGUCAAACUGGAAAGACGGCCGUCGCCAUUGACACCAUUCUUAACCAGAAGAGGUGGAAUGAUGGUAAGGACGAGACUAAGAAGCUCUACUGUGUCUACGUUGCUAUUGGUCAGAAGCGAUCAACAGUUGCUCAGCUUGUCAAGACUCUUGAGGAGAACGACGCGAUGAAGUACACCAUUAUCGUCGCUGCUACUGCCUCGGAAGCUGCUCCUCUGCAGUACCUCGCUCCUUUCUCCGGAUGUGCCAUGGGUGAAUGGUUCCGUGACAACGGCAAGCACGCCUUGAUCAUUUACGACGAUUUGUCGAAGCAGGCUGUCGCAUACCGUCAGAUGUCCCUUCUCCUUCGUCGACCUCCCGGUCGUGAGGCCUACCCCGGUGAUGUCUUCUACCUCCACUCGCGUCUCCUCGAGCGUGCUGCCAAGAUGAAUGACAAGUUCGGUGGUGGUUCUCUUACCGCUCUCCCUAUCAUUGAAACCCAGGGUGGUGAUGUGUCCGCUUAUAUUCCCACCAACGUCAUUUCCAUCACCGAUGGUCAGAUCUUCUUGGAAGCUGAACUCUUCUUCCGUGGUGUACGUCCCGCUAUCAACGUCGGUCUCUCCGUUUCUCGUGUUGGUUCUGCUGCCCAGACCAAGAUCAUGAAGAAGUUCGCUGGUUCGCUCAAGCUCUACCUUGCCCAAUACCGUGAAGUCGCUGCGUUUGCUCAGUUCGGUUCCGAUCUCGAUGCUUCCACUCGUUUCCUCCUUUCUCGUGGUGCUCGUCUCACUGAACUUCUGAAGCAAGGUCAAUACCAACCCCUUGCAACAGAGGUCCAGGUCCCCAUCAUCUAUGCUGGUGUCAACGGUCUCCUCGACAGUAUCCCCGUCGACCAAAUUACUAAAUGGGAGGCUGAAUUCCGUGCACACCUUACAUCAUCACAGGGUGGCUUGCUAGCGGAGAUCGCUUCUGGUAAUGUCACACCUGAGAUGGAGGCUAAAAUCAAGAAGGUCGUCGAAGACCACGUUGCUACCUUCACAUCGUAGAUACUUGCAUUGUCGCUUAGAUCGAGAGGCUGGGAGAUUCAAAAUUAACUUUUCUACUCUAUUUUAUCGUUCAAUUGC